AUGAACCCAGAAAAUUUUGUUCCUAAGAGGCAUCAGUCUACAAAAACGGCUAGCGUAAGAUCACAUAAAAAGAAAGCAAAACAUAUUUACAAAAAAUAUGGGGAAUUGCUGGAGGUCGGAGAAUCAGCCAUGACGGAAAUGAAAGUAUCAAUCAGCAAAUUACGGGCUGUACACUUAUCGAAACUUGCAUCUAGUUCUGUUUCUCUUGGACAACUUCAUCAACUAACUAAAAAGGCUCCUAAAAAGGCCAAUAUUGAAGUUGACCCCGAACUAUUGCAAAGUGUUAAAGAAAAAAUUUUGAAGAAGCAGCUGACCAUGCCUGCUGUAUCUAAAGAUAUUAAGCUGGAGGAUGACAAGUGUGCCCUUAUUUUCACAAAUCAUAAAAUAACUUCAAUAGAAGAAAGGUUUAAAACAAAAAAGUAUAUUGAUACGGUUAAAGAGAGUUACUACAACUUUAGGAAAGCAACCAUUUAUGACCAAAGACUGCAGGAUUUAAGGUAUGCCAUAAAUGAGGGUCUUAAUCAAGAAUUUGAUCUUGGAAUAUCGUCAGACAGGAAGCCUAAAGAUGAAAACAUUGAAAUGCAAACUCUGCCAAAAAGUCCCCAUGCUGUGUUUAGAAAACUUUUUAUAGGCAAUCAAAUGGAUAGCUAUGAUCAAGAACUCAUGCACUAUAUUUCUAAUUUUCAACUUCAAGGUAUGCCACAUCCUGCUAUUGAAGAUAUGUGUGACGAUCUGGCACUCCAAACUGAUAUUGAAACCAAAGAAGACUAUGAUUCUUGCCCUAGCGAAUCUCUGAAUGUAAAGAAGCUUAAUGUUAAAAAAGCGCAACAGGCUAUAAAGGUUAAAAAGAAAAAAAUGAGGGAAAAGCGUCGGGCCGUACAUGAGAUUAAUAUGAGGCAAGACAUAAAGGAGCUUGAGAAGCGGGGUAAACAAGAGGCAUUGCAUAAAUUGUUGACAGCACAUUUGCAGUUACUGUGCUCACUGAAUAUGUUACAAGAGGGUCGUCAAGUAUUACAGUAUUAUAGAAUUAGAGGAGCAAGGACACCUGAACAUCCAAAAAUAACAGAUGUUAAGAUUUACAAUACAUUGUUGCAUGGUUAUGCAUCACAGGGUAAUCUG